ACACUUCGCCCGAAACUGAACAACGGCAGACGUCAAUGGUGGUAGCUGUCAACAAAAAAACCAUCUUCCAUCGCGAAAAGAUUAUCGUCUGUUUGUGAUUCGUGAAAAAUUCCUUCAAAGCUUGCUUGCUCUUGAAGUCGUGAAGGUGCUAGCGUACCGAAGACCAAUCCAAACAUACGCUACUUUUGCAGGCGGAGGUCCUUCCGCAGGAUACAAAAAACCAUCCGAGCUCCUUCUGGUGCGAAAAGGCAAGCCAGACAAAAAUGGAACCACCGAGCUUCCAUCCGUGCGACGAAGCGGUCAUUUCCACGAACGACGACGCCAGCAACUGCAAACGGUCCGCGGUGAAGCUGGGCUACUGGAAGGACGACUACAUCGCGCACUUUGUGCGGAACCCGGAUCGCAAAGCGCCAGAAAUAAACCGGGGCUACUAUGCCCGCGUCAAGGGUAUUGAGAUGUGCAUUGAAAAGUUUUUCAAGAAAACGGGAGACAAAUGCCAAAUCGUCAAUCUGGGCUGCGGUUUCGAUACGCUGUACUGGAGGCUGCGGGAGGCCGGCCACAUGGUGACGAACUUCGUCGAGCUCGACUUUCCCAACGUUACCUCCCGCAAAUGUUACCAAAUCAAGCGAAAUAAGGUUUUGCUCGAGAAAAUUCACGUCGAAGACGGAGAGGUACGCCUCAGCCCGACCGAUCUGCACUCAACGAACUACCACAUAGUAGGCGUGGAUCUGCGCAACAUCGAAGAGGUGGCGUUGAAGCUGCAGCAAUCGGAAAUCGAUUACAGUGUGCCGACCAUUUUCCUGGCCGAAUGCGUACUGGUGUACAUUGAGCCGCAGAACUGUAACAACCUGCUGAAAUGGUUCGCUGCCAACUUCAAGACGGCCGCGUUCGUCAACUACGAGCAGGUCAACAUGAACGAUCGGUUCGGCGAGGUGAUGCUGACCAACCUUCGGCAGCGUGGCUGCAGCUUAGCCGGCGUGGAUUCAUGCGUAUCGCUCGAUGCACAGAUUUCCAGAUUUCUGCAGUGCAACUGGCACGGUGCCAGAGCGUGGGAUAUGGUGCAGAUUUACCACAGUAUUCCGGCUUCGGAGCGAGCGCGAACCGAGCGGAUCGAGAUGCUGGACGAGGCGGAACUGUUGGUACAGCUAUUCCAACACUACUGCAUCUCGAUCGCCUGGAUAGGGGAUUUAUUUCAGGACAUCGAGAUCACGGUGGAAAAACAGCUUUCCUCGCUGAACAUAGAUUAAUCCGUGGUGCUGCAACUUGAACACAAACUCGUAUUGCAAACCUCUACCAUAUGAAAAAUGGCCGGACGCCAAACCUCUUGCCCUGUACCCGUAUAACGUAUAUGGAGAAGGGAAAAGCUACAAUCAAAUCCAAUAGAAGGAAAACCCAAAACCAAUACCCGCCAACCCCUUAGCACACUUGAUCGUAUUUUAACGUUUUAUGCACAGUUCACUGUUCAUUGUACCGGAACAUUGUUCGCUCUGUUUGAACCCCCGAGGAGUGAGGGAAGCAAAAAGAGAGACAACAGGUCAAACUAGAAGAAGCAACCUCCUGUUAAAGUGUGUAGGUGUGUGUGUGUAUAUCCCAUCGUGUUGUAAAGGGAUCUUCACUCUCGAAGCGGUAAUCGGUAACAAUACCGAUAGAGUUCUACCAUCUUUCAUCUUAGAUUAUCGAUCAUUUGUACCACCUGUUGUAGCAUAAUAGCGUUCAACAACGAAGAGCAGAAAUGAUUUCUAACAUUUUCUACCAUCAUCAUCCCCCUUUAUCAACAUUUUCCAUGGAUUAAGGACUGCAUUGGCUAGAUUUGUAGAUAGGUUGUAACAAAUUGGACAUCAUCUCUUGCGCACACACAUCGAACUCUCGAAAGGAUUUUUUGUUUGAAUUUCUAAAAAGAAAGCACACUUCUUACAUGAAACAGAUGGUUUGUAACAAUAAUCAUGGAAAAUGUUAAAACCCCUGAUUUUUUUUUCUCUCUCUCCCUGCACAACGAACCAAGAGAAAACGUUUGUUAUCAUGAGUUUGGGAAAAAGCGUGUAGCUGUAACACAGAUUCGGAGGUUCGGAAUUGGUCUCAUGUGUUCCUUAAGUAGCGUGUCUGCGAAUGUUGUUAUUAUUUAUUUUAAAUAAAGUAAUCUAAAUCAAACGUCGUGUCAAAAGCAAAAG